AUGUUCUUUCGACCAAAGACCCUUCUCGACUCGUUAAAACCGUUAAUAUUUUUAAACUGUUGGACGGGGCUAGGCACUUUGGAUAUUUGUUUCAAGAAUCGUUACCUGUACAAUCUAGCAAUCAUUUACGUGAUACUCGUUGACGUUAUGAAUUCAACACUAGCGAUGAUUGGGGUCUGGUUCGUUUCGCAAAGGCUCUAUUCCGAUACGACCAUAACAUCAUCUUCCAUCGGUAGCAUAACUUACGGUGUAGUGAUAGGAACAAAUUCUCUUCACUCCUUUGUAGCUCCGUUAUUAGUUUGGCUUCAAGGAAAGGCGUUGAGGAACUUGUGUCGCAGGAUGUCAAUAUUGGACGCGAAAUUUCAAGCAGCUUUGGGAGUUCAGAUCCAAGACGAAUAUCGGGAACGGGUCAUCCUCCUUACCUUCCAAGUAGUAGCCAUCUGCAUAAUAAUGUCACUCGCAGUUGCAGUAAAUUUCUGGUGGACCAUACCGUACACAUCUGGAUUAUCGUUUUUCGUUACUACACCUACUUUACUUCAGCCAGUAGGAUUCAUUUUGACACUGAACUUGAACUUGUAUACUCUUCUGCGAUAUCUCGAAAAUAAAUUGAAGGACUUGAACAACGGCGUACUAAAUUUAGCCGAAGAAACUUAUAUUCCUCCUAAUCCCACCAGAGAAAUAUCGUGGCUUGAAGUGCCUCACGAUAUACUACAAGUGAGAUCCUGCAGGAAACAAGAUAAAAUUCAAGCCCUAAGAUUGAUCGUCGAAAAAAAUCAAGCCCUCAGAGAGAUAAGGAAACUGCACUUGGAAAUCUGUAAAUUGUCAGAAGAAAUCAACUCUUGUUUUGGAGCCCAAAAUCUUCUCACUGUGGGAACAUCAUUUAUAAUAAUUACCGGAUUGUUGUACACGAUUUAUAGAGGUGUAACGUUGAAUCAACAAAAUCAUGUAGAAAUGUCAAGUAUCAUUCCGUUGGUUACCUGGUUGUUAUUUUACAUCUUCAGAAUUUGGGCGAUCCCACAUUACAGUUGGAUUGUUGGAAACGAGGCUAAAAAAACUCAACAAGUAAUUUAUGAAUUAUUACGAUCACACUCCGACGAAAUUCUUCAAAAAGAAAUACAACAAUUUUCCGUGCAGAUGCUUCAAAAUUCCAUAAGCUUCAAUGCUUGUGGUUUUUUUAAUCUGGAUUACACUUUUAUCCAAGGAGUAAUCGGGACCAUAACUACUUACCUGAUAAUUCUCAUCCAGUUGAACCCCGUAAAUCAACGAAUUUCCUACUCGGCAAUAAAUUCUACAAAAUUUUAAGCGAAUAUACUUGAAAAUUCUACAUCGAUGUUCAACAAUCUAUGUAAAUUAGGAUGUUAAUAUACAAUAAAUUUAUGUGUAACUCA